CUCACAACAAAUCAUUUGAAAGUCGGUCGCAGAAGAGAGGCAGAUGAUCAAGACCAAGUCAUGGCGAUGCCAAUGAAGCGAUGGUUCAACUCUGGUGGCCCGAAACCCAGAUCAACUGCUGGUUCAGGACAGGUCGGACUACAGUCUACCGACUGAACAUCACAUCAUAUCGGACCAUCCUCCGGGUCCUUGACAAGCGGGGCAGGUUAUCCUUCGUCCAAAUGUCAUUCGUGGUUAGUGUAACCCCGCUAUCAAGUAAUUGAAGUUAAAGCGAGGAAUACAAAGCAGGCACCUUCCCGAGAACACUCUUCAAAAGAAAGGCGUUUCCCUAAAAGAAAGACGAUCACCGAUUCUCGUCUUUGAAUUAUAUCUGUCCUCGAUCGACCUUCAGUCCCUUCACAGCCUGAUUUCAUAAACUAUCAAGAUGUCUAUGAGCACAGCUGACAGCGCGACGGUUCGAGAGGGAUUCCCUCGCCCGUUCCCAAACACGCCAACAAAUGUGAUGGCGCAACUUCGUCUGAGCGGAAAGGUUGUCGUUAUCACAGGAGCUGCAGAUGGCAUUGGCUAUGCAGUAGCUGAAGCGAUGGCUGAAGCCAAUGCAAAUAUCGCCAUGUGGUACAACUCCAAUGACGCUGCUAUCGAGAAAGCACAAAGUCUGGCCAGCGCUCAUGGAGUCCAGGCUACUGCUUACAAGGUUGACGUCUCGGAUCCGGACGUUGUCCAGAAAGCCAUCGCAGAGGUUGUCAAAGACUUUGGAAAGAUCGAUGUGUUCGUUGCAAAUGCUGGAAUGGCUAUUUCCAAGCCCAUCCUGGAGCAAACGCUGGAAGAAUAUCGGAAGCAGAUGUCGGUGAAUGUUGACGGCGUCCUCUACUGCGCCAAAUACGUCGGAGAGGUAUUCCAGCGACAGGGCUUUGGCAAUCUGAUCAUCACCUCCAGUAUGAGUGGUCACAUUGUCAAUGUUCCCGUCGAUCAGCCCGUCUACAACGCCAGUAAGGCAUUCGUGACUCAUUUCGGAAAGUCGCUCGCCCGGGAGUGGAGAGAUUUUGCUCGUGUCAACAUUGUCUCGCCGGGCUUUUUCGAGACCAAAAUGGGAGCCAGUCCCCAGGCGAUCAACGAAGCCUACCGGAUGUCGGCGUUAGGAAGGCAAGGCCAUGUGAAAGAGAUCAAGGGUUUGUAUCUGUACCUCGCCAGCGACGCCUCCACAUUCAUGACUGGUAGUGAUGUCCUCAUUGAUGGUGGCUAUGUGCUGCCCUGAUUGCAAUGGUGCUGUUACCCAUUCAUUUUCCCAACUACUAUGUACGAGAUCACGUUCCCGUUCCAACUGUCUAUAUAUUGUUACUGGUUAGAACAUGAUCUAGAUGGUAGUUGAUGACUGGGGAGCUUUACUCUUGACAUGUGAUCUGUACUAA